CUGGAUCACUUGCUUCCUCUCCUGUUUCAAACUCUUUCUGAUUUCACAUAAAAACCCUGUUUUUGGGUUUGAAAAUGGCAACAGAGCAAUCAGUUGAAGUCUUUGGAUGGGCUGCUAGAGACUCAUCAGGCCAUCUCUCCCCAUUCAGUUUCUCCAGGAGGGCCACUGGUGAGAAUGAUGUUCAGUUCAAAGUGUUGUACUGUGGGAUUUGUCGCUCGGAUCUUCACGCCAUCCAGAACGACUGGGGAUUCACUCAAUACCCUCUUGUUCCAGGCCAUGAAAUUGUUGGAGAAGUAACCCAAGUUGGGAGCAAUGUGAAGAAAGUGAAGGUUGGAGACAAAGUUGGGGUGGGUUGCCUCGUGGGUUCUUGUCGCAGCUGCCAGAUGUGCGCCCAAGACCUCGAAAACUACUGCUCCAGCUGUACCCUAACCUGUGGCAGCCUCGAAUCAGACGGGAACCUAACUCAGGGUGGUUACUCUGAUGUCAUGGUCGCAAACGAGCACUUUGUGCUUCGCUGGCCUGACAAUUUGCCGCUUCAUGCCGGCGCUCCACUUUUGUGUGCCGGGAUCACUACUUACAGUCCUUUAAAACAUUUUGGAUUGGACAAACCCGGAAUUCAUGUUGGUGUGGUUGGCCUCGGUGGGCUUGGCCAUGUAGCCGUGAAGUUCGCCAAGGCGUUUGGGGCUAACGUUACAGUUAUUAGUACAUCUGAGAGCAAAAAGGAGGAAGCCAUUCAGAAUCUUGGUGCAGAUGCUUUCUUGGCCAGCAAUGAUCCUGAGCAGAUGCAGGCUGCAGCAGGUACAAUGGAUGGAAUUAUUGACACUGUUUCUGCAGUACACCCAAUCAUGCCAUUGAUCAAUUUGGUGAAGACACAAGGGAAGGUUAUACUGGUAGGAGCACCUGAUAAACCACUUGAGUUGAACUCCUUUGGAAUUAUAGUGGGAAGGAAGACUGUAUCUGGGAGCUGUAUUGGAGGCAUCAAGGAAACUCAAGAGAUGUUAGAAUUUGCAGCUGAGAACAAUAUAGUUGCAGAUGUUGAGCUCAUCAAGAUGGACUAUGUCAACACUGCAAUGGAACGGCUCUCCAAAGGAGAUGUCAGAUAUCGUUUCGUAAUCGACGUCGGAAAUUCACCGUUGAAAUCCACUUGAGAUCCAACACAGGGCACAUUUGGCCCCCUUUUUGCAAAUCUGUUUGAUUUUUCUUUCUAAUAAAGGUCACAUUGUUUGUUUGUUUUGUUUUUUUUUUUAAUGUCUGUGGGAUGAAAUAAUGAUGGCAUUGUCAAAACUCGUACUAUUACGGAGAAAAUUUGUGAGAUUUCUUUUAUAACCAAAGGGAACACCAUUGAAUUGAUUGCUUUUGAAUCAAACAUACAAAGAUUGAGAUUUGUAGGGAACCGUAAAAUUUAAAUCACUCAUGACCGGGUUAGGUGAGAAUAUCUGCAUAGUCGUUGAUACCCAUAACCGUGACAUUGUUAGUCUUGUUGAACUCCUCGCUGAAAGCCUUAAACCUUUCAUUUUUCUCCGCUUGGCUUCCAUA